AUGAGUCGAGACCAAGCAAAGCCCUAUGUGGAGGCGCUGGUGAAACGUGUGUUGGCCUCCUGGACGGGUUAUCAGCUGGCUUUGGCUAAUCAGUCAGCUGGUGGCGAAACCAAGGCCUUAAACUUGUUGUAAGUGGUUUGUUUCGAUAAGCUUUGAAAUUUUAUAUGGUAUUGUCGUUUGGAUGUUCCACAUCUCAUGUAGCCACGGGCCCCGAACAGGGUUUAAUCCGUUCUAAAAAACCGUUUUCCUAUUAAAUAAUUAGGGGUCUGAAAAGUUCCCGCGCUCUUUUCUCGAAGUUCUUAUAGUCUGGCGUUGUAUUGCAAACAUGGUUUGUAGUAAAGUAAGUGUGAAUGGGUAAGUAUUCAAAACAGCCUUUUUUUUGGGGUUCUGCUCGCGCGACUUUGGCCCCGGGGCCCGCGGAUUUCAGUUGACGGAAACCCGCACUUUAAUGCUUUGGCGCUCAUGAGAAUUGUAAGUUUUUGGCUGACUAAAUUAAUUACAUGGGCUAUAAGUCUCUCUCCUUCGAGGGCUAGUUUGUAUUCCUAAAAUUAUAUUCACUUUGGCCGCCCGUAAAUGAACCAAAAACGCCAUUAGAACUGAAUUUGGCCGUGGGGGCCGUCGAGUUUCCUCGUUUUUUGCACCGUCACUUGUUCCUCUCGUUCCCCGGCCUUUUGCAAAGUUUUUUCCCAGUAAAAUCCUUAUUAAGUAGGCAUUCAUUGACAUCAAAGAAGUGGUAAUCUGUUCCGGACUGGCGGUAUUAUAUAUACAUCUUCUAGCACUUUUUUACACUUUCAGGCUUCAUGACGAACUGGCUUUGUUGUUGUUGGAGACCAAAGAUCUGGAUAAGUAUGUGAUAGAAGACUGGCUGGACGAUGCCUUCAACGAUACCUUCAACCUUGUUCUGGAAGACGGAAGUGUCUCUGAGAUGAGUGAUAUUCUUGCUCAAGCUACGCAUCUUAUUCUUAAAGGAAAGUUGGAAGAGGCACAGAGUUUGGUAAACCGAUUACCCGAUGAAUCAACAGUUAAUCAGGCCAAAGAGCAAUCCAGGACAGUAGCCGACGAAGAGGAUGAGCAAGCAGAGAAUUCCGAUGACGGGGAAGAGAUGGAAGUAAGUGCGGGAUGUUUUUUUCAUUGAUAUGCAUAUUCGCUGAAUUUAUAUUCCCCAAAUUCGAUGAAUAGUGAAGUUUAAAUCCUAUAACACCCAUUACGAUCGUUUAAAUAUCUUUUUUAGACCGAAGAACCUGCGAAAACUAGAAAACCGAGAACCCAAAUAGAAGAGGACGGAUGGACGACGGUCUUGUCAUCGAAAAAGUGA